UAAAAAUUUUGAGGAAAAAAAAAACUGUUUUUCUGAAUUUCGACUUUUAUGUUGCUUUUUUUUUUUAUUGAGAUCAACCCAUCAUAGGAUUGAUGCCCUUUCUUUAAGGAUUUGUUAGAUACGCUGUAUAAAAUCAAGAGAAGAUCCACAGUCCUGAUCUCUACCAUGCCUGGCGGCGACGGCGACGACGACGAUACCGAUACCCGUCACCUCUCUAUCCGUGAUGCCAAAGACAUCUCCGACCUCCCCGACGAGUGCCUGGCCUACAUCUUCAAGUCCCUGUGCACCCUCCACCGCGAAAGCUGCUCUCUUGUCUGCCGCCGUUGGCUUUACGUGGAGGGUCACAGCCGACAUUGCCUCUCCAUCUCCUUCCAGGCCGAACCCGAAUUCCUUCCCUUCAUCCCUUCUUUCUUCACUCGCUUCGAUGCUGUCACAGAACUCGCCCUCAAAUACGGUCCCUUCCAAUGCAGAUCCAUCGGCGACGAUGCUCUUGUUCUCAUCUCUCUCCGUUGCCCUAACCUCACUCGUCUCAAGCUCCUUGAUUGGGGAAAAUUGAACAAUGUAGCCGGGGCCGCUUUGGCGGUCAAUUGCAAGGGUUUAAAGGAGCUUUAUUGUGAAUCCUGUUACUUUGGUGCCAAGGGAAUGAACGCUAUCCUCAAUCAUUGUUCCUCCCUCGAAGAGCUCUCCGUCAAGAAUCUUCGCGGCCUUUUAGAAACGACACCUAUUGGACCAGGUGUGGCUGCGUAUUCCCUUAAAAAAAUCUGCAUGGAGAAGCUCAACAAUAACAAUAGCAUCAAGUGUUUUAGACCUCUGAUUAUAGGCUCCAAGAAUCUCAAGACCUUGAAGAUCUGCUACUGUUCAAAGGGGAAUUGGGAUAUCCUCCUCAAAGACAUCAUGGAACAAGUCACCGGACUGGUUGAGAUCCAUCUCGAAUAUAUUAAAAUUGGCAAAGUCGGCCUCGCUGCUCUCUCUAAUUGCUCGAAUCUAGAGAUCUUGCACCUUGUGGAGACUAAUUACACGAAUGCGCGGCUUGUGUCUAUCACUGAACAUUGCAAGAAACGCAUGAGGAAACUCCAUAUCAGUGAAAGGACUCGGAAGGACAAAAGGAAUAGAGGUGAACAGAGCCUUAUUGCCAUGACUAAAGGGUGCCCUGAUCUCAAGGAGUUGGAUCUGACGGGUAUCAAUCUUACUUGUUUGAGUUUGGAACUGCUCGCUACCAAUUGCCAGAAUCUCGAGCGCUUAACAGUGUUUUGUAGUGACACGUUUGGUGAUGCAGAGAUUUCUUGCAUUGCUGCUAAAUGGAACGCAUUAAAGUAUCUUUUUAUCGUGAGAUGCCUAGCUAUCACCAAUCAUGGGAUUGAAGUGCUUUCGGGUGGCUGCCCUAAUCUGCUCAAGGUGUAUGUUUGGAAUAGCACUGGAGUAACUUAUGAAACCACCCUAAAGGAGAACCAACCAAGGAGGCCAGCCUAGUUAGCUUAGUUCAAUUCAACUUGCAUAAGGGUGGUUAUAUUGAUCAUCAAAUAUUUCGAUCAUGUGAUUUAGUUCUGCUUCUUCGAUCUCUUUUUUUUUUUGGUACAUUACAAAUCUCUCCACGUAAUUAGAACCUUGAAUCUGAUAUAGAUGUAUGCAUUUUGUUUAUCUAUCAUGCAUGUUGGAUUGAUUAAUGUUGCUCGAAAUAGUUUAGUAUCUUAGGAACACUUCCCCACUUCUUGUACUAUUUUUACAUUUUUCCACUGCUAAAUUGAAAUGUGAAAUAUUCUUAAAUGAACAUAUGCACCAAAUCUUUUGUAGCACUACACACAUUGUACUGCAGGUCUAGGUCCAAGGGUUGAGAGUGCCUUGGCCAUUGUCAAUUGUGAGAAUCUCGAGGGCUUAGCAAUGUUUUGGAGUGACGUUUGUUGACAUUGAGCUUUCAUUAUCAUUUCUAAAGGUGGCAUCGUAUUGAAGAAUCUUUGUAUCGCGGCAUGCCCAUCUGUCACCCAUCAUAGAAUGGAUGCCCAGGGCUACGCUA